CUAGGUCUAUAUAAAACCAUGUCUUUGUGAUCAUAUACCUAUCAGAUUAACCAAUUUGGGAAGAACAAUAAGAACAAAAACUAGUACGAUGAGAAAGCCAGAGACUUUUACGAAAAAGACCGAUAUCAUUAAGAAGAAGCUUAGGAAAGGUUUGUGGUCACCGGAAGAAGAUGAGAAGCUUAUGAACUACAUGGUAAGGAAUAAUGGACAAGGUUGUUGGAGUGAUGUAGCAAGAAAUGCUGGAUUGGAAAGGUGCGGCAAAAGUUGUAGAUUAAGAUGGAUUAAUUACUUGAGACCUGAUCUUAAAAGAGGUGCUUUUUCAAAUCAAGAAGAAGAACUCAUCAUUCAUUUGCAUUCCCUUCUCGGAAACAGAUGGUCACAAAUAGCAGCACGUUUACCCGGGAGAACAGACAAUGAGAUAAAAAACUUUUGGAAUUCAACCAUAAAGAAAAGGCUCAAGAGCAUGUCUUCUACUACGACAACAACCUCAACUUCACCGAAUGCAAGUGAUGAAUCGUCCUCGCCCGAGCCUAACAAAGAGAUCAAUAUACUAGGGUUUUCUGGACAAUAUCAUCAACAUGCAAAUUUCAACCACUACACGAUGAAUGUGCCUAUCUUCGCUUCAUCGUCUCCUUCGCGGAACACAAUUUUCAAUACUGCGAAUAUUGACACAUUGCCUAUGCUGCAGCAUAGUGGAUACUUAAACACUGCAUUUACACUGCCAUGCUUUUCACAAAGUCAUCAAGUUGAUAUUAAAGAUUGUUAUUUUGAAAAUGGUGGAGUACACGGGAAUGUGUGCAAGAGUGAGAAUGUCAGUAUUGAUUAUGCUUUUGAUGACAUGAACAAUAUUCUUAGUAACUGCAAUAUUAUUGACAGCAAUAAUGAUAAUAAAAGUGGGGUAGUGGAGAAUUUAUUUCAAGAACAAUUGAACUUUGGAGAGUGGGAUUUUGAGGAGUUGAUGAAAGAUGUUUCCUCUUUUACUUCUUUUGAUUAUUCAUUCUGAUCCAAUAAUUGAGUUGAGAUCUUUUCCCUUUUUUUCCCUCCUAAAUCUCUCUUAAUUGAGAUCCCAUUAUUUCUUAGUCAAAAAACUCAACCUCUAGAGUUUAUAUAUGAACAUUAAUUGGUAUACUUGGUGAUUUUUUUAGAACCAUUGUAAUAUAUUUGUACUUUCUAUGUUCUAUACAAAAUGAGGAAGUUUACAAAUUAACAAUAAAUUUGUACUU